AAAAACGUUCUGGCGGGUUUGUGUUUCGCGCUCAGCACUUGUUCAUAACAACUGUCUGCAGGAGCAGCUGUGAGGCCGGCCAGCAGAACAACACUUUAUCUACAAAUAACAGCUACUAUUUGUACUUUUUUUUUUGGUGCUGUGCUCUCUACCAGAGACCUUAAUCAUGCACGUGAUCAAGCGAGAUGGGCGCCAGGAGCGUGUUAUGUUCGACAAAAUCACAUCACGUAUACAGAAACUUUGCUAUGGACUCAACUCUGAAUUUGUCGAUCCUACUCAGAUCACAAUGAAGGUGAUUCAGGGCCUUUACAGCGGCGUGACCACGGUAGAGCUGGACACCCUGGCUGCUGAGAUCACUGCCACCCUCACCACCAAACACCCUGACUAUGCCAUCCUAGCAGCCCGCAUCGCUGUGUCCAACCUUCACAAAGAAACUAAGAAGGUCUUCAGUGAUGUUAUGGAGGACCUCUACAACUAUGUGAAUCCCCUGAACAGCCGCCACUCGCCUAUGGUUUCAAAAGAAACCCUUGAUAUUGUUUUGGCCAACAAAGAUCGCCUCAACUCAGCCAUCAUAUUUGACCGAGAUUUCUCUUACAACUUCUUUGGCUUCAAGACAUUGGAGCGCUCGUAUCUGCUGAAGAUCAAUGGAAAGGUCGCUGAGCGCCCACAGCACAUGCUGAUGAGAGUGUCCGUGGGCAUCCACAAGGAGGACAUUGCAGCAGCUAUUGAAACCUACAACCUGCUGUCUGAGAAGUGGUUCACUCAUGCUUCUCCUACACUCUUUAACGCUGGCACCAACCGGCCACAGCUCUCCAGUUGCUUCCUGCUUGCUAUGAAAGAUGACAGUAUUGAUGGGAUCUAUGACACAUUGAAGCAGUGUGCCCUCAUCUCUAAGUCUGCCGGAGGUAUCGGGGUGGCAGUGAGCUGCAUUAGAGCCACUGGCAGCUACAUCGCAGGGACAAAUGGCAACUCAAAUGGCCUGGUUCCUAUGCUUCGUGUCUACAACAACACAGCACGCUAUGUGGACCAAGGAGGAAAUAAGAGACCAGGAGCUUUUGCCAUGUACCUGGAGCCCUGGCAUUUUGACAUUUUUGACUUCCUAGAGCUCAAAAAGAAUACUGGAAAAGAGGAACAGAGAGCUAGAGAUCUGUUUUAUGCCCUCUGGAUCCCUGAUCUGUUCAUGAAGAGAGUGGAGACCAAUGGGGACUGGUCUCUGAUGUGCCCCAGUGACUGUCCCGGGCUGGAUGAGUGCUGGGGAGAGGAAUUUGAGAAGCUCUACACAAGUUAUGAGCAGGAGGGCAAAGCUAAGCGUGUGGUGAAAGCUCAGCAGGUCUGGCAUGCCAUCAUUGAGUCUCAGACAGAGACCGGCACACCCUACAUGCUUUACAAGGAUGCCUGCAACCGCAAGAGCAACCAGCAGAACCUGGGCACCAUCAAAUCCAGUAACCUGUGCACAGAGAUAGUAGAAUACACCAGUAAGGAUGAGGUGGCUGUUUGCAACCUGGCAUCCAUUGCACUUAACAUGUACGUCACCUCAGAGCGAACGUUUGACUUCCAGAAGUUGGCCUCUGUUACAAAGGUCAUUGUGAGGAACCUGAACAAAAUCAUCGAUAUCAACUACUACCCAGUGAUAGAGGCAGAGAACUCCAACAAGCGUCACAGGCCCAUCGGUAUUGGUGUUCAGGGUCUGGCCGACGCCUUCAUUCUCAUGCGCUUCCCCUUCGAGAGCGCAGAGGCUCAACUUCUCAACACACAGAUCUUUGAGACCAUCUACUACGCUGCCUUGGAGUCCAGCUAUGAGCUGGCUGCAGAAUUGGGACCGUAUGAAACCUACCCUGGGUGUCCUGUGAGCAAGGGUAUUCUGCAGUAUGAUAUGUGGGAAAAGACACCUACAGACCUGUGGGACUGGGCGGCACUCAAGGAGAAGAUCGCAAAGCAUGGUGUGCGUAACAGUCUGCUGCUGGCUCCCAUGCCCACUGCUUCCACAGCUCAGAUCCUGGGCAACAAUGAGUCAAUCGAGCCCUACACUAGCAACAUCUACACACGCAGAGUUCUGUCUGGAGAGUUUCAGAUCGUGAACCCACAUCUUCUCAAAGACCUCACAGAAAGAGGUCUUUGGAACGAGGAAAUGAAAAACCAGCUAAUUUCUCAGAACGGAUCCAUCCAGAGCAUUCCCACAAUACCAGAUGACCUGAAGGAGCUGUAUAAGACGGUGUGGGAGAUCUCUCAAAAGACCAUCUUAAAGAUGGCUGCAGAUCGAGGAGCCUUCAUUGACCAGAGCCAGUCCCUCAACAUUCACAUUGCUGAACCCAACUAUGGCAAACUGACCAGCAUGCACUUCUACGGCUGGAAGCAGGGACUUAAAACAGGAAUGUACUACCUGAGAACUAAACCAGCUGCCAACCCCAUCCAGUUCACUCUGAACAAAGAGAAACUGAAGGAGACGCAGAAAAGUGAGGAGGAAGCCAGAGAACGCAACAUAGCCGCCAUGGUGUGCUCGCUGGAGAACCGAGACGAGUGUCUGAUGUGCGGUUCAUAAACUGAACUGUGUGUACAGUAAUAAACCUUUUAUAAUGGG